AUGAUUACAAUAUUCCCUUUGCUUUUUGCGUCAAAAGCGAAGUCCAGUUCGACUCGCGUUCCGUGCUGGGCCCUGCUUGUGCUCUUCAUAUCACUUUGGUUUGACGUUCUUUCUCACUGGAUCCGCUGGACAGCAGACCUAUCGGAAACACUUUAUGGACAGGAUAUCAACUACAAGAUGAGAUCUUUGAACAGCGGUGGUUUCGGAGCUGUCGUACUACUAGGGAUCGAAGAAGGUCGUCGAACAUGUGCCAACGGCUUGCCAGUAAUAUCAUCAACCAUACGAAUGCUUGGCCGCUUUGAAAAGAUCAAGAGGAUCGAGCAUUUGUCAUUAUGUGCUUAUGUUGAAAUAGUGCGUUGCACCUUAGUUCCCAAUGCUGUGAUACUGGUUUCUGAACAUCAUGAAAUGUCACUUUCUUCGCUUUUGAAGAACAGAAGCUUGAAUGGCGAGGAAAUACUACGUGCGACUUGCCAACUCGUUGAGGGUAUCGCUGCUCUUCAUGAGGAAGGAGUUUGCAUCGGGUCACUCAGCUCAGAUACUAUCCUCAUAGCUGGCAACGACAGUGGCUCACUACGCAUGCGGAUCACUCAGUACCCCAUAAGCUACAUCUCGAGAAGUGGCAUGGAUCUGCAAGGAGGGUUGCCACUCAGCUUCUCUGUAGCUCCCGAGCAACUCUUACACGGCUCGACCAUCCAUAGUACGACUUUCAAAGCGGAUAUCUGGAGUCUUGGCAUAGUGUUGCUGGAAAUGGCCACGGGUGUCUUGCUCCGGGAAAUAUGGUCGUUGAAGCAGUAUAUGACUAUCUUGAAAUGCAGUAUGAACAGAGCUGAGAGGAACUCUCUUCUCGGUCCAGUUUUCAAAGCACUGCAGUCUGCCUCCGGCAGAGUCGUGGACUUCACCAGACUCGACGGAAACGUGGUGCUUCUCAUUGAACAAUGCCUCUCGCUAUUGCCAUCGCAACGUCCGACGUUGCGCGAACUACUAUCAAGGGCUCGUAAGGAUACUGCAAAGGACUUGGUGUACUUCGAAUCUGCAGAGAUGUUGAGCAGGAAAAUCAAAUCAUGCGACGAUAGAAACUGGGUGCUGCGAGAAUUGGGACUCGAAGACGCUUUUUUCCUAUGGAGGCUAUGCGGCUCGUCUGCCGAAGCAAUUCUCGUCAAAAAUUGUGUCAUAACUCUGAGACAUCCCGUGCUCACCAACCCGAGCACUGUAGUGGAAGACCUUCGCAUGUUUGGGAAUGACGAGGGUCGCCGAUUCCAUGUUGCAUCUGGCGUAGUGAUGCUUCCGGACAAGAAUGUGUGUGAGAAAAUAGCUUCGGCUUCAUCGAUGGAUAUUUUUUUGCAAUCGUUUCUUAUAUCGCAGCGUCUUCGAAACUCAGAGGAGAAAUUGUCAGUCAUCGUGAAGGAAAAGGAUAUGGUAUAUCAGGCAUCCAGGAUGCGACUCAUAAGUCACUUGUUGAAUUCGCGCUUCUGCAGAUUGAACGAUCUUCUGUCAGCUGUGGCUUCGGACAUUCCGCCAAUGCGAAGAGCAAAUGUAUGGCGCGCCUUGUUGAAUGUGCGGACUAGUGAAGAGUGGAAUUUCUUCCUCUGCAAUACAUUGAGUGUUCACGUGAGCGAUAGACAGCUCGAUGUGGAUAUACCGCGUUGUCACCAGUACGAGGAAUUGAUGACAUCACCAGCGGCUCAUUAUGGUCUACGCCGGAUCCUUAAAGCAUGGCUUGUGAGGAAUCCUCAGUAUGUGUACUGGCAAGGUUGCGAUAGUCUCGCGGCUCCUUUUCUGUUGCUGAAUUUCAACCGACCGUCCAUGGCAUUAGCGUGCUUCACAGCGUUCAUAGAAAAAUAUCUUAACAAGUUCUUUCUCAAGGACAAUUCAGCAAUCAUUCAAGAGCAACUUGCCGUUUUCAAUCAUCUGCUUGCUUUUGUGGAUGCGAAGCUGUACACUCGUUUAGCUUCUAUGGAUUUCUAUCCAGAACUGUUUGCAAUUCCAUGGUUCCUUACCUGUUUUGCACAUGUUCUACCUAUACACAAGCUGUUCCAUGUUUGGGACCAACUACUGCAACGCGAUUCCUCUUUUCCUUUGUUUAUCGGACUGGCCAUACUCCAUCAACUACGCCAAACUCUCAUUGAUGCUUCUUUCAACGAUGCAAUACUUCUAUUUUCCGAUCUUCCUGAUCUAUCAAUGGAGGUUGUAGUAGCGGAAUCUAUUGCGUAUUAUGAUCGUGUCCCACCCAGCUGUGCGUUUCGAUCACACGCAAAUAGUACAGAAAGCGAAGAAGGGCCUCCCAGAGGACUGCCCUGCAGUCUACAACGUGUGUCUUACAAGGAGAUGAAGAAAUGGCACUGUCCGCGUAUUUCCAAAGAAGAAUUUGCGUGGAGAGUUGAAGAUCAGCUUAUUGUUGCGAUUGAUAUACGAUCACAAGCCGAGUUCGGACGGGGUUGCGUUCUUCGUUCUAUAAAUUAUCCUAAUGUCAACGACCAGACUUUGCUCAAUAUUGCCGAGCCACUGAGAGUUGCUCAACGAAAUCAGCAUCCGAUAUGCAUAGUGGGUGGAAAAGAUUUGGAAGUGACUCGAAAGUUCACCGGUGAUCUGGUAAGCAUGGGCAUUGAUGGUGUUUGUGUGCUUGAUGGAGGCUUUGAGGCAAUUCGUCAUGAUACGUCACUUAUCUAUGUACCUCAUUAACUAUUGGUGCUUGUAAAGAAUAUUGUCGUCUCACAUCUUCACCUCGAAAACUUGAUCUUCGAUCAAUUUCCCUACGCAUGAUGGUUCCUGCUUGUUUGU